GCGCUGUGACGUCACAACACAGACGCGCUGCCUCCGUGUUUUUGUGUUCCCAGCUCUUCGGAAAAGCCGCCUGGAUUUCUUUACCUGGCCAUCCCCCAGCUCCAGGCCAAGGAGACCCAGGGUCCUUUAACAAACGCUGGGCCAGACAGUGUUGAGGCGGGAGCUGACGUUCCUGGAGCGAUCCGGAUAACGCUGACAUUGGCGGAGGGUAGCAAGAGGCGACAGACGCAAUCGCCAGCGAGGGAGGCAGGCCCCGUCCCGGUAUCUUAGAAAUCCUGCGGUCCGUCAUGAAGUUCCAGUAUAAGGAGGACCAUCCUUUUGAGUAUCGGAAAAAGGAAGGAGAAAAGAUCCGGAAGAAAUAUCCGGACAGGGUCCCUGUCAUUGUGGAGAAGGCUCCAAAAGCCAGGGUGCCUGAUCUGGACAAGAGGAAGUACCUAGUGCCCUCUGACCUCACUGUUGGCCAGUUCUACUUCUUAAUCCGGAAGAGGAUCCACCUGAGACCUGAGGACGCCUUAUUCUUCUUUGUCAACAACACUAUCCCUCCUACUAGUGCCACCAUGGGCCAACUGUAUGAGGACAACCAUGAGGAAGACUAUUUUCUGUAUGUGGCCUACAGUGAUGAGAGUGUCUAUGGGAAGUGAGUGGCAGAAGCCCAGCAGAUGGGAGCACCUGGACUUGGGG